AUGGCCACCGCAACCGCUACCACGACCACUUCCACGCUACACGGCUUCUCCCUCUUCCCCAGCACGGUUCCCAAGAUCGCCAUUCCGAAUCCCCACAAGAGAAAUCCCAGCUUGCACAGGAUCAGUAUGGUGGCUUCACCAGACGACACUUUAUCGCCUGCUGGAGAGUCGGUUGUAUUCAAGAUGGAAGAGGAACAGCCGCCCUUGCCUCAACUUCCCGGUCACUUGAACGAGCAGAAUCGAACACGUGAAUCAACACCCUCGCCAGACGAUAUCGGUCGAGCAGUGACCACGCACUCGCCUAUUGACGGCCGAACUCCAGCUCAAGCCACCUCACCUUCCACGGCAGCAGCCAAAUAUACACCCUCACUAUAUCAAUCGCCAGUGAUGAACCAGACGUCUCUUCAGCCUUCUUCAUCUUUAGGCACAGGAUCAGCUACUACGUUGGUCGCUCAGCCAGCUCCCACGGCAUCGACGCCCAUCAACAGGAACAAGUCGCCUGUCGAUCCAUCACCAAUUGUCCCGAUUCGCUCAAUGUUCCCCGUCUAUGACCCAUCCGUGCCUCCAACUCAGCAAGCGUAUGCGCCACCCAGACCGCUACCGGCAAGACUGUCAGGGCUGCCACCUUUCGCUGUCCCUGCAAGGGAAGAGUACCGAAGUAGUUUGUCGAUGCCUUUCACUGCCGCGGCGGUACCGAGGACAGCCCCCGCCAGCGUCCUCAAUUUCCCUUCAGAUGUUAUGAGUGUCAAUGGCGGGCCACGCGUCUCGACACAGAGGGAGCUGGAGAAGCUAUGGGACGUCUCCCAUGGCACGGAGCCCGGGUGUUCGAUAAGGAGUUUUGAGCUUGAGAUGGCCAGAACGGAAGAAGCAACUUUUGUUUUUGGCUCGCACCCUUCGUUACCUUUCUACACCCUCCAGACCUUUGAUACCAACGAAAUUGCUAUCAGCAAGACCUGCCCUAAGCGGGCGCCCCAAACAGCCACGUUGCCCUCAGCCUCCGAACCGCCGUUGACACGCGACGUCGUCCUCUGCCCGCUCGAGCCGGCCGAACGCAGACAGCCACCGAAUGAUGGUCUCGUGGCUUUUGUCUUCCCCAAACUCGCGGCCAUGUUGGCAAUCAAUCAGUCCGCCGCGCUUGCCAAGCAGCACAACCUCGCUCCCACGGACAGAGACGACAUCGAGGCCCACGCCGUGCGAAGAGCCGCCAAGCAAGAAGCAUGCAACCUGCGCUACAACGCCAGGGGCGGCUUCUACGAACUUGAACAUCCCGCCAUCGGGCGCGGCGCCAUGGGCGGUGACUUUGCGACCAAGUCGCCGACCCUCAGCUCCCCUACUACCAUUCGCUCACUGACGGGAAAGCCGGUCCUACACAUCAUCAUCUCGAAGGACAGCCCCCUCCCUUCCAUCCACGUGGUUGACCCUAACGCUUCCCGCCGUGCAGCCGCAAGCAUCAUGACACCCACGAUGGCAAACCCGUCGUCGCCAGGGCCUAAGAUCCGCCGCCUCUCAACCGUCCCUCAAACAGACACGUCUCCUUCUUCGGAAUAUCCGCCCCUCGCAACACUGGACCUGACAUCUGAAAUCCUCCACAUCGACGCCAACGCCAUCCUAGAACUUAUGCCCUCUCUCUUUAGCAUCGAUUGCGUCGUCUCGGCCAUCAUGGCCGUCGCAGUCGCAGAUGCGACCACUAACCCCGCAAUGGGCAGCAUGGAGAUCUGGAAGCCCAGACCCGCGCCCCCGUCCCGGUACGGCGGCCCCACUACAGGAGCACGCAGCAUCUUCAACGGAGCCGGAGUGCCAGGGAGUCUCCGGCCCAUGGGCACCCGACCCGGGAGCGUGAAGUCCUACGCCGGAUCGGCCUUUUACGCCACCAUCGCCGAGCGAGAAGAGGCCGAGGAGGAAGCCAAGCUGAUGCGGAGGACCCACCAGGAGGAUGUCCGCGCCGCGAAGUCGUCCUCGAAGGCCAAGGCCAAGUCCAAGUCCAGGCCGUCGAGAACAUGGUUCGGCCGCUCUACCUCGGAAGAGACAGACUCGUCAUCCGACAUCGAGCAAGGCUCAUCGUCGCGGCGCAAGAACAAAAAGAACAAGAACAAGAACAAGACGAUUGUCAUGCGCGAGUUCGACCUCGAGAAGCUGGGCCACUACCAGUCCGGCGAGCGCAAGGGCGAGGAGUUGCCAGCUAUGACGAGAGGCGCGAUCGGAGGCCUGGUGAUGGGGUUGAAACUUGUGGUGUGGUUUUUGACGCUCGUGGUCCAGGUUAUCACGUGGUUGCUUGUGCAUAUUACGCGGGGCGUCACGAGUGAGAAGUUCUGA